AUGAAUCAUAUUUAAGCAAAGAAGAUUUGGAAAUUAUAAAACAUGGCUCAUGAGAAAAAAGGCAUAUUGUAUUCUUGGCCCUCUGUGAAACUAUGUCUCUUGAUUAGUGUCAUUUGCUCAGGGAUUAUUUACUUCUUUUUCACACCUCAAGCUGCUAAAACAUCAAUCAUAGCAACAAAGGAACUAAUCUUCAAUUCAGCAAAGAUUCCAUUCCAAGGAAUAUCCUUGCCCCAUGAGGCCACAAGAGAAAAACACCUUCUUAAAAGUAAUGAAAAUAUUACAACCCAGAAGCUACAACUCACCACAUUAUCCCAUGAGAAGGCCAAUAAAACAACUUCAAAAAAUGAGGGCAAGUACAAGGACCCUGUACCAUACAAAUUUCUAAUCCAGGAGGAAGACAAAUGUAAAAAGUCUGCUCCAUUCUUGGUGUUUUUAAUAUGUACCAAAGAAGAUGAAAAAUUAAGAAGGGAUAAUAUUAGAAAAACUUGGGGGAAUGAAAGUCUGGUACCAGGAUUUUCUGUGGUUCGUUUAUUUAUGCUAGGUGUCCAGAAGCAAGGCUCUACUGAAGAAAUAAGGAAAGAAAGUAGGAUGUAUCGGGACAUCAUUCAACAGGAUUUUCAAGACACCUAUUAUAACCUAACCCUCAAAGUCUUGAUGGGCAUGAAAUGGGUUUCUUCUUAUUGUCCUAAUGCACAUUUUGUCAUGAAAACAGAUUCUGAUAUGUUUGUUAAUACUAAUUACCUAAUUCAAAAGCUAUUAGUUACAAUAUCAACCUCAGAUCAUUAUUUUACUGGUUUUCCUAUGAGGAAAUGUCAUCCUAUAAGGAACAGUGGGAACAAAUGGUAUAUGCCUCUUGACCUAUACCCUGGAGAAAUCUACCCAGAUUUUUGCUCUGGAACUGGAUAUGUGUUCUCUGGAAGUCUGGCUACCAUGAUAUACAAGGUAUCUUUUGGUAUAAAAGUAUUACACUUGGAAGAUGUGUAUGUGGGUCUCUGCCUUCAGAAAAUUGGAGUUGUGGUGUCAUCACCACCAAGAAUUUCAUUAUUUAAUCCAUUUAAAGUUCCCUUUAAUCCUUGUGUCUAUAACAACCUUAUCACAUCCCAUUAUAUUUCUCCCAAUGAAUUGCUUAUUUUUUGGAAUCUAAUACAAAAGAAAAAACAUGAUUGUUCUCAAAUUUCAACUGGCAAUCUUCCUCCCUUUAUUUUUUUUUCCCAGUUAAGCAGAAGAAUCAGUCAUCAGCAAAGGAAUUCUAUUUAG